AUGUCCAUUUCAGAGUGUUGUAUCAAGGGCUUCCGCUGGAAUGACACCCCAACCGGACGCACGGAUACCCUUGGCCCCAAUGCCGUCUACAUCACGGGCUCGAACCCCGACAUUGCCAUCCUCUUCAUCCCCGACCUAUAUGGCUGGACCUUCCCCAACGUCCGUCUCCUGGCGGACCACUUCGCCACGGAAAUCAACGCCACAGUAUUCGUCCCUGAUUUCUUCGGCGGCGAGAUCCUCGACUUCGACCUGAUUACCACGAACCAAUUCUCCCGCCUCGAUCUGCCGGGAUUCCUGUCCCGCAACGGGCGCACCCAGCGCGAGCCUGAGAUCUUUGAAUUUGCGCGGCGGCUGCGCCGAGAGUUAGGGUUCCGGCGGAUCGGCGCGGUCGGUUAUUGCUACGGUGGGUGGGCUUCGUUUCGGCUGGGCGCGGCUGAGCAUGCGAACGAACCCUUGGUGGAUUGUAUCUCCAUUGGACAUCCGUCGCUGUUGCUGAAGGAGGACAUUGAGAACGUGGCGGUGCCGGUGCAGGUGCUGGCCCCUGAGAUUGAUGCUGCGUAUACGGCGGAACUGAAGACGUAUACGUUUGAGACGCUGCAACGACGGCAGGUGGUUUUCGACUAUCAGUAUUUCCCCGGGGUGGAGCAUUCGUGUUUUAUUCGUGGGGAUAUAAACCAGCCAGGUGAGCGGGCGGCGAUGGAUAGGGGGAAGAACGCAGCGGUCGCGUGGUUCAGGCAGCAUCUGGCAGAGCGAGCACAGUAG